AUGAGUUUUAUUCUAGUUCUAGGGUUCUUCCAAACGGGUCCGGCAUUGCAUCUCCGGAACCUUCCGAUCCAUGGUCGAGCACUUUCGGUCUAUUUUCUCGUCCUCUAUAAAAGGCAAACGCAUAACGCGAAGGAUGAGGAUUCCAGCAUGAGGCAUGAUUCAGCCAUCUCUUCUCAAAAAAAGACACUGACUUUCUCAUCUUCUUUUUCAAGACAUCAAUCUUUUGAUUCUCAGCAGUCACUAGUAAGAAGAGGAUUGACUACUGGGAAGGAGCUUUCUGAUUCUUCAAGUUCAUUAGAAACCCCAUCAGAACCUUCAAUGAAACAUGACAUUGAUGCAGAGUCUCAGCAUAAGACCCCGAUAAUCUUGCCUAUGAAACGCAAGCUAUCUGAUCUGAAGGAUAUAGGAGUAUUGUCAUCAUCUGGAAAGCGACUAAAUGCAGGGGAUCAAGGACUUCGAUCACCCAUUUGUCCGACUCCAAGUACGACGAAUGAUGCUGUUGGGUUUUUCACUCCAAGUUCCACCCUGAGAAGCCAACAAGGGCGAUGCAUAGGUGAGUAUGUGGAUGAAGGCCAAUUAAACAGCUCAAAUCUUGGUCAAGUAACGCCAUCCUCCCAAAUAUCAAGUGACCAGCCUAGCAAUCAAGAGCGUUUAACAUUAGACUCUCUAGUAGUUCAGUAUUUGAAGCAUCAGCAUCGCCAAUGCCCAGCUCCUAUUACCACUCUUCCUCCACUAUCUCUUUUGCACCCACAUGUCUGUCCUGAACCAAAGCGAAGCCUUGAUGCCCCAUCUAAUGUGACUGCUCGGCUUGCUACACGUGAAUUUAAGCAUAUGUAUGGGGGAGUGCAUGGGAAUCGUAGGGACCGACAAUUUGUUUAUAGUCGGUUUAGGCCAUGGCGUACAUGUCGGGAUGAUGCUGGUGCAUUAUUGACAUGCAUUACUUUUACUGGGGACUCAUCUCGGAUUGCUGUUGGGAGCCACAAUGGUGAGCUCAAAACAUUUGACUCCAACAAUAAUAAUGUGGUGGAGACCUUUGCAUCUCAUCAGUCUCCUUUGACACUUGUUCAAUCUUUUGUUUCGGGAGAGAAUCAACUAUUGCUUUCUUCAAGCUCCCAAGAUGUGAAUGUGAGGCUGUGGGAUGCAUCAGCAGUAGUAAUGGGUCCUACCCAUUCAUUUGAUGGGUGCAAAGCUGCUAGGUUUAGCAAUAGUGGCAAUGUUUUUGCUGCCUUGUCAUCAGAAUCUGCUCGACGAGAAAUCCUCUUGUAUGAUAUUCAAACUGCUCAAUUAGAGUCAAAGCUAUCAGAUACAUUCGCAAGUUCAACGGGAAGGGGUCAUGUCUAUUCCAUGAUACAUUUUAGUCCUUUUGACUCAAUGCUGCUUUGGAAUGGUGUCUUAUGGGAUCGGCGGGCCUCUGGGCCUGUUCCUAGCUUUGAUCAGUUCACAGACUAUGAGGGCGGGGGCGUUCAUCCUGCUGGAAAUGAGGUUAUUAUAAACUCAGAAGUCUGGGAUUUGGGUAAAUUCAGAUUGUUACGAAGUGUGCCUUUAGAUCAAACGGCAAUAACAUUCAAUGGACGUGGUGAUGUAAUUUAUGCAAUCCUAAGGCGAAAUAUUGAGGAUGUAAUGUCAGCAGUCCACACGCGUCGGGUCAAACAUAAUCUUUUUUCAGCUUUCCGCACUGUGGAUGCGGUCAAUUAUUCUGAUAUUGCUACCAUUCUAGUGGAUCGCUGCGUGCUUGAUUUUGCAACUGAGCCAACUGAUUCAUUUGUUGGGUUGAUUACAAUGGAUGAUCAAGAUGAGAUGUUUGCAUCUGCUAGGAUCUAUGAAAUUGGCAGGAGGAGACUUUCUGACGAUGACGAUGCUGAAAGUGAGGAGGAAGACGAGGACGAUGACGAUGAUGCAAAUGUGGAUCCUUUACUUGGCCCUGGACUGGGUGGGGAAAGUGAGAGUGAUGCUGAUUAUUUGAGCAACGAUGAAGAUGAUGAUAGUAUAACAGAUCUUGACAACAACGAUGAUGGGGAUUUCAUUAUGGAUGAUUUAGACUUUGAUGGAGGAACUGGAAUUUUGGAGAUUGUGACAGAAGGCGAUGAGGAUGACGAUGAUAGUGAAGUCCUUGAAUCUUUAAGUAGUGGUGAAGAGGAUUUUGUUGGUAAUGGUUUUGGUUAUUAGCAGUGUUCUAAAUGGAAAGAUUUGUUCUAGUGGUUUGGGAGGCUGUAAUGUUUAUUUCCCUCUAAUUAAAUUCAUUUUAGGGCGAUAGAAUUUUCAUUUUUUCCUC